GCAUAAAUUUGAGUUAACCACUGAGUCACUUCGUUUAAAAUACUCUUGAAAGAUUCAAACCACUUUCACCAUUAUUUCGUUACAUUUUUAAAUGUUCAACAGUUAAUUCAGUGUAAGGCGUUAAAAAGGAGUAAAUGAGCGGCCACACUGUUAAUAUACCGAUGCCGUCUAUUAUUGCAUUUACUAGAAUAGUUGCAAGCCAUUAGAUGUAGGUAAACGUAUUAAAACUAACAAACAAGAAUGCAUUUCCAGUCUCCUGGUGGGGAAGGAAUGAGGUGACAUGAUACCGUUAUGUCUGUAACAGCAUCUGAAGAUCAUUUAGAUUGCGAGAAUUUCUCUGCAGCGUGUUAAUUCGACUCUGCGUGUUUAUGUGUGUGAGGUGUUGAUCCCGCUCCGUGGUCCGGUGCCAUCGCGACAUCCACGCCUCCGCUGAUUGGAUGAGAGCAACCGGGCCUUGGUCACAUGGCUGAGUUCUUUGGUCCAGAGCAAAAAAUGGGGUUUGGUGUAAAUCUAGGGUGUAUUGCUGUCAUAUAUCACGCUACCUCGUAAAAACGACACUGAGGAUUCUGGGCCAACAAAUCAGAGCGGGGGUGAAAAAAAAAUGAGUUCUUAUUAUGUGGACAGUCUCCUUUGCAAAUCUGCGCCGGGUAGUUCUCUGUUUCCGAUCGUCGAGCGAGCGACUUGUGGCAUUGGACCUGGAGGGGAGAACCGUCGGACUGCGGCCAUCACGUUUACGCCAUCCCUCCCUGGAGUUUACAGCGUCAAUAACGCAGCCUACCAGAGUCUGAGCCCCGUGUUUACCUCAGGAUGUGGCCUGGGACGAGAUAUACACACUCAGGACUGCAGCAGCCCGCUUGAUCAGGGCCGCCUGUUCAGCGAGAGCUGCUGUCAUCCGGGACCGGGACCCCUCACCUCGCCGACGGACAAACAGUACCAUAUGUACCCUUGGAUGAGGGCAUCAGAUUCAACCCGGAAGCGGGGCCGGCAGACCUAUUCCCGGCACCAGACCCUGGAGCUGGAGAAGGAAUUCCACUUCAACCGGUACCUGACCCGCAGGCGGCGGAUCGAGAUCGCCCACGCCCUCUGCCUCUCCGAGAGACAGAUCAAAAUCUGGUUCCAGAACCGCAGAAUGAAGUGGAAGAAGGACCACAAGGAAGAGUCCAACCAAGAGGAGAUGAAACAGGGCGGCAUCCACACCGAAUCCGCAGAUGGAGAACUCGGCAGAGUGGAGAUUAAAGACGGAGAAAGAGAGAAUUAAAAAAAUGCCAUAUGUGUUUAGGGAUAAUAAGGGACAUGUUUCUUCACUUUUCAAGCGAUUGUGUGAUUUCUGCUGCUUCGCAAUUUAAGAACUGCGAGGAAGAUAAAUAUAUCAACUUUAUUUUUAGCUAUGUUUUUGCAUAUAGCUAUACCACCACAAAUGAUCAUGCAUGUGACUGAAUACUACUGAACCAACAUUCCGUUGAACGAAAACUACCUAACAUGUUCCCCUUUGUACAUCAAGCUGUCACAGAUUGAAACUAAAUCAGGAUUUUUUCUAAGCGGACGGAUUUUCAUUUCUUUUGAUGAUGGCAAAUGCAUAGAUGUGCCUAGUUUCCGGACGGAUGUAUGUGUCCUUUAAUUCAAUAAAAGUUUAUCACUGAAUGGAAA